AUGGCCUCCGGGGCGUGCUGCGGGGCGCUCCGCGGCUUCCUCUUCGAGUACGACACCCCCCGCAUCGUGCUGAUCAAGAGCCGCAAAGUGGGGCUGGUGAACCGGGCGGUGCAGCUGGCCAUCCUGGCCUACGUGAUCGGCUGGGUCUUUGUGUGGGAAAAGGGCUACCAGGAAACCGACUCUGUGGUCAGUUCUGUUACCACCAAGGUGAAGGGAAUAACCAUGACAAACACUUCGGAGUUGGGACUCCGGGUCUGGGAUGUGGCUGAUUAUGUUAUUCCACCUCAGGGGGAGAAUACGUUAUUCAUCAUGACAAACCUGAUAAUCACACUGAAUCAGACACAAGGCUAUUGUCCUGAGCUUCCAGAUAAGACAACUGUGUGUAAUUCCAGUAAGGACUGUACUGCAGGAUACAUAGGCACUCACAGCAAUGGAGUCCAGACUGGGAAGUGUAGGGAAUACUCCACCUCUGUCAAAACCUGUGAGAUCUAUGCUUGGUGUCCCGUGGAGAAUGACACACGUUUACCUAAGCCGGCUUUCCUAAAGGAUGCUGAGAACUUCACCAUUUUGGUGAAGAACAAUAUCUGGUAUCCCAAAUUCAACUUCACCAGGCGAAAUAUUCUGCCCUCUAUCAGUACCACUUACCUCAAGACCUGCAUUUACGACCCUAAAACGGAUCCCUUCUGCCCAAUCUUCCGAGUCCAUCGAAUAGUUGAAGCUGCAGGACAGAAUUUUCAAGAGAUGGCUGUUGAGGGUGGAGUAAUGGGGGUGCAGAUCAACUGGAACUGUGACCUUGACAAAUCUGCUUCUUACUGUGUGCCAAAAUACACCUUCCGUCGCCUUGACAACAAGGAUUCUGACCACACAGUCUCACCUGGAUAUAAUUUCAGGUUUGCAAAAUACUACAAGGACGCAAGUGGCACUGACUCGCGGACACUAAUUAAGGCUUACGGCAUCCGUUUUGAUAUCAUGGUGUUUGGAAAGGCAGGAAAAUUUGAUAUAAUUCCUACAAUGAUUAACAUUGGCUCUGGGCUAGCACUGUUUGGAGUGGCAACAGUCCUGUGUGACAUCGUGGUUCUGUACUUCAUGAAGAAGAGAUAUUACUACAGAGAGAAGAAAUACAAAUACGUAGAAGAUUAUGAACUGGGACCCAGUGAGACCUAUGGAACACAAUCAUGACAGCGGUGGUGCGGCAGCAUCAACUGCCCAACAUGAAGAGCUGCUGUGAAUGUUAUUCUGCUUCAUGGAGAGACAGUAAGAUGAUGGUGCUGCAGGCUUCCCUUCCUGGAACUGGGUUAAUCAAUCUGCGUUCUCAAAGUGGAAAGAGAAACCUCCCUCAUUACUUUAGGGCUGACAAACAGUGCAUUCUUGUUCCCUGUCACUGACAAACUAGGGAAAGUUCUGAAGUUACUAGUUGUUCGAAUUCUGGCCACGGUAAACAAAUGUAUGCCAAACUUUCAUGGAAAGCAUCUCAAGAUAAGUAACAGUGGAGUAAGUCUCCCCUUCCCCCUUACUUCCUGUAUCCCCAUAUCCUCUAGAAAGCCCCCUGGAGGGGCCAGCCACCCAAAGCCUACCUCUUUGCUAGAGGCUUAGGCAGUUGGGCCAGGAUGAGUGUUGAGAUGAGUGACAUCAAGGGAGGGCAGCUACCCUUCCCCUACUUAAGGUUACUUGGUGGUGGGAGAGCCAGGCCCCUCUUAAGAGGUGAGAUCCCUUCCCCAGCUGUGGUGAACCUGGUGGCUAAUCUUCCCCCUCAGGGCUGGAGAGCAUCUAGCUACAGCAUGAUGGCAAUAAAAUGUAUUUCCUUAAUGUGAGGGCAAGUCAACAGCUAACCUGCAGGUUACCCCUCAUGUAUCUGAUCUUCAGGAGCCCAGAGUCAGAGAUGAAGUGCUCUCUAGGUCUCCUGCAUUUGAGUAAGUGGCUGAUGCAUUUAUAAAGAGGCUGCUGCUUUUCUGGUCCUCUUAAAAUUCAGUGUUUGUAAUGAAGGGAAAAGAUGACAACGGUGAUAGCACUUCACAAUGAGUGGAGAUGCCCAUAUUCCAAACCCACAAAUUAACUAUAUUGAAUACACUUUCUUCUAAGUGAUUUGAUAUAAGAGGAGAAUCCAUUCUAUAGUGAACCAA